AAAAAUCGUUGCGGUCAGCGAAAUGACAAGUUUCAGUUGGGCUUGAGGUGCCAAAGUCAAAAGUUGUUACUAACAUGUUGUCAACGCAAGCUGUUAUCCUUUUGCUCUGCUUCUCCUUAACUGUUGCAAGCGAGUUGCAAAAGGGAGCCGUGAGGGCUUCAGCUCCUCGCAACUGCUACAGCUGCAAGGGCAUCAAUUGUCAGCGAACCACGCGACAAAACGCGACGGUCAAGUGCACCGAUCUGCUGGACAUUUGCGUGACAGUCUACGAGGGCUUUAGGGUCAGUGAGCGGGGUUGCCUGCUGGAACUAUCGGUAGCUGCGCAGUCCAAGUGCCACGCACGGGAUCCGCGUUGUCAAAAGUGCGGCGGAGAUCUGUGCAACAAUCAAGGACGCGUCGACUUUCAGUGCAUACAAUGCAGCGGCUCAGACGACUCCAAGUGCAACUCGGCUGGUGAUAGUAUCAGCGCCGCCAAAUGCUCAGCGCCCACUGGUAACAACGCCUAUUGCUAUGUGAGGGCAGUUGGCUCCAAUCUGCAAAGAGGCUGCGCUCUGAGCGUCAAGGAGCAAAUGAAUUGCCUCCAGGAUAACGACUGCAGCCUGUGCCUUCCAGAGAAUGGCCAUGGCUCCUCUGCCUGCAACAAUUACGCUCUGGAGUUCAGUGCCAGCGGCGCCAAGGGACAGCAGGUGUUUGGCCUUCUGCUGGGACUGAUCAGUGUGCUCACCAUACAAGGACUCAAUUAGUUUACUUUGAAAAUG